AUGUUGGCAUUCUCGUUACGAUCGCUGACUUACAGCAUCGUGGUAAUGCUGGCCAUGACCACGUCGGGAGUACCUACCAAUUUCUUGCAAGAAGCCAGUGACCUAAUCUCGGAAAAGACGGCGGCACAUGAGGAGUUCAAGCGCCUGCACAACGGCAAGAAACCUGCCACUGGCAGGCAAAUUGAGGCCAUGCUUCGGGCUGGGAUCAAUGUGCAUGAGGACCUUACUAAGGAGGACGCCAGCAAGCUGCUGGAGACAGCUCUCCAGAACUCUGAUGAGCCUGUGACUGAGCAGCAAGCCAUCUGGCUUAACAAACAAAAGAUUGAUAGCGACAAUAUGCCCAAGGUGACCAAGGCAGAAGCUAUAACAUUCAUUGGGGACGCAACCUCCAAGCGGAAAACCGCCACAAAUCCUCAGAAUACGUUCAUCAGGUCACUGUAUCCCCACAUUAAGGGGGACGUGCUCAACAAGUUAACACGAGCCCAGGCUGCACAAAUGAUUGAUGCAUGCAAGUCUCUUAAGCACAAGCAUGGGUCUGGCGGAUCUUGCAAAGGGCCUACAGCCAAGCGUGAGCCAGAGAGGAGGAUGACGGCAACGGGGGUUCCGGUGGAAGUGGUCAUAUAG